UGCAACCAUGUGCUUCACCAUUUGGGUUAUCGAGACUUUAGCAUUAUGCGCCGGUACAUUAGGUUUCUAUAUGGAUGAUUUCGGCGACGAACACUUUUCGCCCUCUAAUGUUUACUAUGAUCAAUUACCUUUGGAACAAUACCAUCCUCUAUGGACGAAAAAUUUCUUCCCUAAGAAGAGCUUCAAUAAAUUUGCGGCUAAUCCUUUCCCUUUCAAAGUACCUUUUGAAGCUUCGUCGUCACUUUUGUCUGAGGAACAACGAUUAAUACCGUUCGCAGUCGCUCCCUCUAAACCAAACUCUCCCUCAGAUAAUAAUUAUUUCAACAGAGAACAAGUUAUUAACUACAACCAUCUUCAAAAUUCUCCAUCAGAUCCCGUGGAGACUGAAGUGUAUCACGUCAAAUUGCCACCCGUAAUAGUAGAUCAUACUGGACAAUAUCACAGAGUGCCAGCAGGAACUUUGGUGCAGAUGUUGAAAGGUGCACAGGCGCUAAACAGACUUCAACCUCAAGGCGUACACUACGCCUCCGGAAAUAACCAUUACGUGAAUUCCCAGCUGCCUUUUCAACACGCUCAACAUGGUCAACCGACUCAGCAAGUCCACGAAACCGCUUCUUACAUCCCUUUAAGAGAUAUAUAUCAAAACCAUAAACUAGUAGACCAAAUAGAUAGACCUUACGUCCAUUAUUAUUCAUUACCGCACAAUCACAAUUAUCAUCAUUCUUAUCUGCAUAACCACCAGAUCACGCAGCCCUAUUCGCCCGUGAUUACCAUACCUCCUCGAUCUGCAGCCAAGCCACUGCUGGUGAAAAGCGAAAUCAAAGUAGCCAAUACUAGUACUGCACCCUCUAACCAAACCAACAAUCCCGAUUUAAAGUUUUCUCAGAGAGACGACGGCGCUUUCGGAAAUUUGAGAGGCAUCGAAACGCCUCCCCAACCGCAAGGUCGAGCCGAUGGUUCAGCGCAGAGGUAUUUUAAUACCCCACCUUUCAACAGGCAGAAAAUCAGAUCGAAAGAACCACCCAGCUGUGUGAAUGGCACUAAUGCCACAUUCUGCCUAGAGGAUGACGAAUACCCAUCGGAGAUCAUCAGGCUGUCCAUGAACAAUAAUCAAUUCCUAUUAGAACGUAUUCUUGCAGACCCGACAGACAGCAGUUCCAUUAAUUUAGUAGAGGGUGUGGACGGAAAUUCCACUUCCGGAAACAUCCGCGAAAAAAACGGCACCAGUUCUAAAGACGGAAAUUACAUCUGCUCCUCUACUGUCACUUACGCCCAACCUCUGCGUGCAUCUAAUAUCGAUGGAGACUGGAAAGUCAUUGUUAACUUGAAAGAGCGUGAAGGAGGAGCAAAAUAUUCUCAAACAGUGCGUCUGGAAGAGUGCAGCACUCCCGAAUCGUCGUGCAACUUUCUGAACGGAGUUGUCAAUUCUCGCUGCGUACAGAAAUUCAACUUGCAGCGAUUGUUGGCAUGGAGUUACGAAGAGGGCAUCCACUUCGACGUGUUCCGUCUUCCCAUCGCGUGUUCGUGUCAAGUGCGUCGUGCGGGAGAACUGCCGUGA